CGCCCCCGCCCGCCCGGCCGGCCAUGGCCCCCGCCCGGGGCCGCCUGUCCCUCGCGCUCUGGGUCGUCACGGCCGCGGCGGCGGCGGCCACCUGCGUGUCCGCGGCGCGCGGCGAAGUGAACUUGCUGGAUACGUCAACCAUCCACGGGGACUGGGGCUGGCUCACGUAUCCGGCUCACGGGUGGGACUCCAUCAACGAGGUGGACGAGUCCUUCCGGCCCAUCCACACGUACCAGGUGUGCAACGUCAUGAGCCCCAACCAGAACAACUGGCUUCGCACCAGCUGGGUGCCCCGCGACGGCGCCCGGCGCGUCUACGCUGAGAUCAAGUUCACGCUGCGGGACUGCAACAGCAUGCCCGGCGUGCUGGGCACCUGCAAGGAGACCUUCAACCUCUACUACCUGGAGUCGGACCGCGAUCUGGGCUCCAGCACGCAGGAGAGCCAGUUCCUCAAGAUCGACACCAUCGCGGCCGACGAGAGCUUCACGGGUGCGGACCUGGGCGUGCGGCGCCUCAAGCUCAACACGGAGGUGCGCGGCGUGGGCCCCCUCAGCAAGCGUGGCUUCUACCUGGCCUUCCAGGACAUCGGCGCCUGCCUCGCCAUCCUGUCCCUCCGCAUCUACUACAAGAAGUGCCCCACCAUGGUGCGCAACCUGGCGGCCUUCUCGGAGGCGGUGACAGGCGCCGACUCGUCCUCGCUGGUGGAGGUGCGGGGCCAGUGCGUGCGGCACUCUGAGGAGCGGGACACGCCCAAGAUGUACUGCAGCGCCGAGGGCGAGUGGCUGGUGCCCAUCGGCAAGUGCGUGUGCAGCGCCGGCUACGAGGAGCGGCGGGACGCCUGUGUAGCCUGUGAGCUAGGCUUCUACAAGUCGGCUCCUGGGGACCAGCUCUGCGCCCGCUGCCCUCCCCACAGCCACUCUGCGGCCCCCGCUGCCCAGGCCUGCCGCUGCGACCUCAGCUACUACCGUGCAGCCCUGGACCCACCCUCUGCAGCCUGCACCCGGCCACCCUCGGCACCCGUGAAUCUGAUCUCCAGUGUGAAUGGGACGUCCGUGACACUGGAGUGGGCCCCUCCCCUGGACCCGGGUGGCCGCAGUGACAUCACCUACAACGCCGUGUGCCGCCGCUGCCCCUGGACACUGGACCACUGCGAGACGUGCGGGAGUGGCACCCGCUUCGUGCCGCAGCAGACGAGCCUGGUGCAGGCCAGCCUGCUGGUGGCCAACCUUUUGGCCCACAUGAACUACUCCUUCUGGAUCGAGGCCGUCAACGGCGUGUCCGACCUGAGCCCCGAGCCCCGCCGGGCCGCCGUCGUCAACAUCACCACGAACCAGGCAGCCCCGUCCCAGGUGGUGGUGAUCCGCCAGGAGCGGGCGGGGCAGACCAGUGUCUCGCUGCUGUGGCAGGAGCCCGAGCAGCCCAAUGGCAUCAUCCUGGAAUACGAGAUCAAGUACUAUGAGAAGGACAAGGAGAUGCAAAGCUACUCCACCCUCAAGGCUGUCACCACCAGGGCCACCGUCUCGGGCCUCAAGCCGGGCACCCGCUACGUGUUCCAGGUCCGAGCCCGCACCUCUGCAGGCUGCGGCCGCUUCAGCCAGGCCAUGGAGGUGGAGACCGGGAAACCCCGACCCCGCUACGACACGCGGACCAUUGUCUGGAUCUGCCUGACGCUCAUCACAGGCCUGGUGGUGCUUCUGCUCCUGCUCAUCUGCAAGAAGAGGCACUGCGGCUACAGCAAGGCCUUCCAGGACUCAGACGAGGAGAAGAUGCGCUAUCAGAACGGGCAGGCACCCCCACCCGUCUUCCUGCCCCUGCACCACCCCCCGGGGAAGAUCCCGGAGCCCCAGCUCUGUGCGGAACCCCACACCUAUGAGGAGCCGGGCCGGGCGGGCCGCAGUUUCACCCGAGAGAUCGAGGCCUCCAGGAUCCACAUUGAGAAGAUCAUCGGCUCUGGAGAAUCCGGGGAAGUCUGCUACGGAUGGCUGCGGGUGCCGGGGCAGCAGGACGUGCCCGUGGCCAUCAAGGCCCUCAAAGCCGGCUACACAGAGAGACAGCGGCGGGACUUUCUGAGUGAGGCAUCCAUCAUGGGGCAGUUUGACCACCCCAAUAUCAUCCGCCUUGAAGGCGUCGUCACCCGUGGCCGCCUGGCAAUGAUCGUGACGGAGUACAUGGAGAAUGGUUCCCUGGACGCCUUCCUGAGGACCCACGAUGGGCAGUUCACCGUCAUGCAGCUGGUGGGCAUGCUCAGAGGCGUGGCCGCCGGCAUGCGCUAUCUCUCCGACCUGGGCUACGUGCACCGCGACCUGGCCGCCCGCAACGUCCUGGUGGACGGCAACCUGGUCUGCAAGGUGUCCGACUUCGGGCUCUCGCGGGUGCUGGAGGACGAUCCCGACGCCGCCUACACCACCACGGGCGGGAAGAUCCCCAUCCGCUGGACGGCCCCUGAGGCCAUCGCCUUCCGGACCUUCUCCUCGGCCAGCGACGUGUGGAGUUUUGGUGUGGUCAUGUGGGAGGUGCUGGCCUACGGGGAGAGGCCCUACUGGAACAUGACCAACCGUGACGUCAUCAGCUCUGUGGAGGAGGGGUACCGCCUGCCUGCACCCAUGGGCUGCCCCCGCGCCCUGCACCAGCUCAUGCUCGACUGUUGGCACAAGGACCGGGCCCAGCGGCCUCGCUUUUCCCAGAUCCUCAGUGUCCUCGAUGCCCUCAUCCGGAGCCCUGAGACUCUCAGGGCCACGGCCACUGUCAGCAGGUGCCCGCCCCCCGCCUUUGCCCGGAGCUGCUUUGACCUCCGAGGGGGCAGCGGGGGCCUCACCGUGGGGGACUGGCUGGACUCCAUCCGCAUGGGCCGCUACCGGGACCACUUCGCUGCUGGUGGCUACUCCUCUCUGGGCAUGGUGCUGCGUAUGAACGCUCAGGACGUGCGUGCCCUGGGCAUCACCCUCAUGGGCCACCAGAAGAAGAUCCUGGGCAGCAUCCAGACCAUGAGGGCCCAGCUGACCAGCACCCAGGGGCCCCGCCGGCACCUCUAACCCAAGGCCAGUGGGGCCUGGGCAGCACCCAGGCCAGCUCCAGGUCCAGGAGGACUUGCACGGCUGACCAGUGGUCGAGACAGCCCCAGGCCUCUGUCCCUCCUCUCAGGUGCCAGGAGGCCAAGGGCUUCAUGGCAGGAUGUGGAGUGAUCAGGGGUCAGGCUGCCUGCAAAGGGGCCUUGGGUGCCCAGUGUGGCCGGGACACCCGCCCCAGGGCAGAGGGCCCUCGCCUUCCCAGACGCUGGGACCUCAGCACCACCGAGCCCACACCCUGCCUCUGUGUGCGUGUGUGCGUGCCUGUGUGUUUGUGUGCUCUUGUGCUGUAGGGGUGUGUUCUCACGAGGUCGUGGUGACCUGUGUGAACAUGUGUGUGUGUGCGUGUGCAUGUCCAUCGGUCAGGUCCCAGCAUGGAUGUGUGCCAGUUAUGCUGCGCAUGCUUAUCCAUGUAGACUGGGGGCACAUGUGCCUGACCGUGAGUGGCAUGUCGUGAAGGAGGAUGCGUGUUAUAAGCCUGUGGGCAGAGAACUCCCUGUGGCGCUGCCCAUGGAAUGCAGGCCCGGGUCCCAGCACCUGCAGGGCCUGGGAGAGGCUCACGCCCCCUCCCCCCAUGCGUGGAGGCCGAGCCAGGGGCCACUUCUGAACCAAACCAGCACCAGGCCCACCUUUGUCUCUGCCCGGGUGAGCCCACCCCCGGCUCUAUCUCAGGUCCGAGCCCUCCUUCUAGCUGGCAGGGGGGCCACCUGCAGCCUCCACCUGCCUCCCACCGCUGCUUCAACAGGAAAACAGGGUUCCCGGCCAGCCCUCUGGCCGCCUUCUGAGGAGGCAUCGCCAAGGUCAUAAGAUGCCCUCAGCUGCACCAGGCUGCCGGGCCAGGGGCCAGGGGCCACCACCUUCCCCCUAGUCUCUGAUGCCCUUCCAUGGCCCAGGGCUCCUCACUUGGACGUCCCUCUGCCAGCCUCAUUGCCCAGCCCUAACCUCCCCCACAGCCCCACUCCUGGGGUCAGGGACAUGACAUCACAUCCUAGCUUUUCAGCCCCAAAUCCACCUCUGCUGUGCCAUCUGGGGAGAUGGAGGCUGAGAGAGCAGUGUGCCUUGUCCAAGGUCACAUGGCGGCCAAGUUUCCGAGCUGAGGCCUCUGCCUCCCAGCCCAGGGUUCUUUCCCCGGCAACAUCCCACAUGGACAGCUAUGGGUGCAAAGGGGCUUGGGAAGCCCCCCAGUCAGAGACUGACCCUCCCCCUUACGGCCCACCAGGGUAUGUAAAUAUCUUUUUUGUACCAUGUCAGAGUAUUUUUUCCUCACUCUUGACAAUGCAAAAAUGGUCGUCAAAGCACAUAAAAGUCACCAGGGUGAGAAAGCCCCAUCCCAGGGGAGGCUUGGCAGGCAGGGUCCAAGGAACCCCACCGGGCAGGAUGCCGGGUGCCCCCUGCCGCCCCGAGGGAGGGCCAGCCCAGCCCCCACCCCUUGCCCCACCCUCCCCGUAGCCAGCACAGCUGUUCCGCGGAGACACCAGCACUGAGACCCCCCUCUCCUUCCUGCAAUAAUUUGGGGGGAUCUCAGCCCCGCCCAGGGGCCGCGGCCAGCUCUCUGCACCUCUAUAUAUUAUAUUACUAUAUAGCCAAGCUGCUCUUCCUUCCUAUGGAAGUCGGAAACAUGGUCAGGACACGAUCCGGGGAGGACCCUGUUUUCCUCCCACCCCCACCCCACUCUCACCCAGUUCCUGGGCUCUGGAUCCUCACGGUCGGGGGGACACAGUGGGCCUGGCACUUGCCAAAGUGUAGCCCCUGCCCCUGGCAUGAGUUGCCCCUCAGGAUCCCAGAGAUCUGUCUCUCUGUGAUCUCCAUCCUGAGUCUUGAACUUGCCCACAAUGAGAAUAAAUUCUGCCUCAUCUUUG